AUGGCGCAGAAAGGGAGAGCAAGAGGUGCGAAGAGGGGUUCCCCAAGGAUCCUAGGGCCUCUCCUAUGGAACCUCGGUUUUAAUGAGGCGAUGAAAAGGGGAGACCUUCAUCUGGAUUGCUCGGUAUUAUGCUAUGCCGAUGAUACGCUGGUACUGUCUAAAGGUGAGGACUGGGAGGAAGCCACUAUGGAGGCGGAAAUGGCGGUAGAAACUAUCGUCCAAAGAAUACAGGACAUGGGGCUGGAAGUAGCCCCGCUUAAGACAGAAGUGGUCGGCUUCUGCGAAAGGGGUAGGCCAGCGAACACGGCGAUCAGCGUGGCCGGUGUUGAGGUCCUAGUGGGAACAAGGAUGAAAUACCUUGGACUCACCUUGGACACCAGGUGGACAUUCGUGCCCUACUUUGAGGGGCUAUCACCCAGAUUGGAAAAAGCUGCUCUGGCCCUGAGUAAGCUACUGCCGAACCUGGGUGGCCCGAAUCGAAAGGCGAGAAAACUAUAUAUCAACGUCAUCACAUCCAUGGCGCUAUAUGGAGCCCCAAUAUGGGCGAACGAGAUGCUCAAGAGUAACAAAAUAAUAAGAACUCUACGCGCGGUCCAACGGAGAAUUACGGGUCGAUUGGUGAGGGCCUACAAGACCACCUCCUUCGCCGUCAACACAGCUCUGGCGGGAGUUCCCCCACUGGAGCUGGAAGCGGUAUGCAGCGAGGAGAUUUAUGAAAGAAUCUCUAACAUCAGAAGAAGCAGGGCAGCAAACAAACCCUAUACAGAGGAAGGAGAUCGAAACAAUAAGGGAGACCGCCAAAAGAAAGCUCAUUGGCCAAUGGAGAAUGUGGAUUGA